CAAGUUGGAAGUCAAGAGGACUCGCACACAACUCAGCUGAUCGACACAACUUCACCAGGUUGCAGACAUGUCUUCAGAUAUCAUGGUAAUGGCUGGUCUGGGUCGACCUUUCACCCUAGGAAUGAUGUAUGACGCUCGCCGAGAGAAACUGAUCCCAGGUUUCUCAUUGUUUGGUGAUGAAACUCUAAAACAGUAUGCAUCAAGUAACACUCAACGCAGCAGUGAAUUCCAGAUUGCUGCCUCUGAUUCCAUUGAAUCCAAGUCUUCUAUGAUGGAUAUUGAAGCUUCACUGGGAGUCAGUUUCCUGGGUGGACUGGUUGAAGUUGGGGGAUCUGCCAAGUAUCUAAAUGAUACGAAGAAAUACCAGAAUCAGAGCAGAGUUACACUCAAGUACAAAGCUACCACCACUUAUAAACAAUUCACAGCUCCUCCUGGAACCGUGAAUGUGCAACAAACAGCCAUUACUGACAAAGGAUUGGCAACACAUGUAGUCACAGGCAUCCUUUAUGGGGCAAAUGCUUUCUUUGUAUUUGACAGUGACAAGUUAGAGGAGAGCAACCUUCAGGACAUCAAGGGCAAAAUGGAAGCCGUGAUAAGGAAGAUUCCUACUAUUAGUAUUGAGGGGUCAGGUUCUGUCAAACUGACUGAUGAAGAAAAAUCUCUGACGAGAAAUCUCUCCUGCAAGUUUCAUGGAGACUUCCUUCUUGACAGCCUCCCUACAACCUUUGAAGAUGCAGUGAAGACCUACCAGAAACUUCCAGAACUUCUUGGAGAAGAGGGAGUGGAUGCGGUUCCAAUGAAGGUCUGGCUGGUUCCCUUGAAUAAAUUUUUUUCUAAAGCUGAGCAGCUGGUCCGUGAGAUCACUGUUGGUAGAGUGAGAAAGAUUCACAGUACCCUAAAAGACUUAUGUCAACUGAAGAGGAGAUGCAAUGAUGUCAUGAAUGACAAAACUGUGAAACAAUUUCCAUUGAUUUAUGAUAGGGUUAGCAAUUUACAACAGAUAUUACAGGAUUACACUCAUACUGUGAAACAGAAAAUUGCGGAGAAACUUCCACUGAUUCGGGGAGGUACAGAAGAUGAAAGAUCAUUAGAGAAGAUAACUGCAGACAGGGCCAAGUCACCAUUCAGCAAUGAAAAUGUGAACAUGUGGCUGGAUACCAUAGAGAGAGAAAUCAGUGCCUUAAAGGCCUGUGUGGGCAUGAUUGAGGAAACACAGACAAAAUGUGUCUCAAAUCAAACAGAGUUGGAUAGAGAGAUUCUUAAUGCAAAUGUAACACAUGGUGUGUGCUUUGUUUUCACCUCCCUGGGACGCAGCGAUCCCUACCUUAGAGUGUUGUCCGACUCUUUGGAAUCACCGAAUUCAGAAAGCACCGAGUAUAUCGCAGCAUCUACUGACAACUUGUGGUGUUUCUCCCUGGGUGGUAAUCAAAAUGAAACAAAAGCCCAAACUUUUAGUGAGCUCGCCAACAACAUGAAGGACAGCAGGAAUGUCCGUUUCUUUGUAGCAGCAUUGGCAAAUGAGAAAUACCAAGGAGCAAGCAUCUACUAUUACAACGAGGGCAGCCUGGUCACUGAUGACUUUACAUUUCCUCGCAUGCCCUCUGUGGAGAGUUUAAAAGACAGAAGAGAUUUACUCUGGUAUGCCUGCGACCUCACCUUUGACCCAAACACAGUAAACUCCAUGCUCACUCUUUCUGGUAACAACAAAAAGGUGGAGUCAGGAAAACAGCAGCGAUAUUGUGAUCACCCAGAGAGGUUCAACUCCCUUCGCCAGGUGUUGUGCAAAGAGAGGCUGACUGGGCGCCAUUACUGGGAGGUGGAGUGGAUCGGAUACGUUCUAGCAGGUGUCUCAUAUAUAUCAAUUGGAAGGAAAGGGAAAGUCCCUGGGUGUGUCAUUGGACAGAGUUGGAGCUCCUGGGCUUUAGACCAUGUUCCCAGAAGUGGAUACCGUGUCAGGCAUAAUGAAACAAAAACCGAUGUCACUGUGUCCUCUCCUGGCUUUAAACGACUAGGAGUGUAUCUCGACUGGCGUGCUGGCACUCUGUCCUACUACAUGGUCACCUCUAAAGAACUACAUCACAUUUACACCUUCAAAACCAAAUUCUAUGAGCCUGUUUUUCCAGCCUUUUGUCUUGGGUCUGACUUUGACCACGGACAGGUCAGAUUACUUUGAAACACAGUCACUGAUACUAGAAAGCUCUCAGAGAGCAUACUUCCGCCAAGGCUACACAACUGCUUUUCUUUCCAUUCAAGGAAGUGCAGUAGUUUAGAAAAAGCUAAAAUUUAAAAACACAAAAACCCUAUUUGGCAAUCCAUACUAUAAAUCAUUAAAAACGUAUUCUUUGAUCUGCACCAGGAUCCAGAUCAGCAUAAAAAAUGUAUUCCUCGGCCCAUGACCCAGCAGUACACGAAAUUUAACUAAAAUCUGUUGAAGGUAUUUGAGAAGUCAUGUCUAUCAAACGCACCAAAAACUUCACCUCCUUGGUGGUGGUAAAGACACUCGGGAAUACUUAAUUACAUAAUGUAGUCGAUUGCCAAAAUUAGUAAAGGAAAUUUAUUUUGUAUUACUAAUUAUUCCGACAAGACUAUAUUUUGCAAUUUAUGCUUUAAUUAAGUCAAAAGCAAGUCCAAAUAGUACUUAACAGUGCCAUUUUUAGUGUCUAUGUUUUAAAAUGAUUAUUAUUAUUGAAAGCACAGUCUCAACAUGUAAAUCAAAGGGCCAUCCCACCAUCAAAAUGAAAAGAACAGGAUUCAGCAGUCAAAUUUAGAAAUUAACUCAGAAUAUUUAUUUAUAGGUCAAACUUUCAAUAUGGGUAAGUGAAUAUACCAGUGACUUCUAUGGUCAAAUAAAGAUUGGGCUUUUAACAGCACGCUGUAUUUUCUAGGUAGUGUUCAAAAUGUCAACAAAACUUGCUUAAACAUUUUGACAUUUCUUCUCAUCAAAGUACAGCAUGAUUAUACUUAGAACAACAAUCCUGCACAUUGACACUGUUAUUGAUCCAUAUUGAUAUUACUUACUACUUUGCUGAUGUUGAUUAUGUGCACAGUUUGCUUCUCAACCAGGUUCGUGCUUAAACAAACUUUGUCAAAACAACAAAAACAAAGUGUCCAAUGACAUGGCAGCGUAUAUAUAUAUAUAUAUAUAUAUCUAUAUAUCUAUAUAUAUAUAUAUAUAUAUAUAUAUAUAUAGCUCUUUUUGUAAU